AUGAGUUCUUCAUCAAGCUCUCGCGAACCUUCACCAUCUAUGAAACAAACUUUACCAAACGAUUAUGGAGCACCUAUUGAAUAUUUCUUACGAGCUGCACAAUGGCAAAGAGCAGUCUCACCAAGGUUAGGUGUUCCACCAGCUCCUGUCAAAAAUAGCAUUUGGUCAAGUCCUUAUAUAAAAUAUGGUCUCCCACUAGGUUUGCUAGCUACAGCAGGAGCAGUUAUGAUGUUGAAAAGAAAUAAAGCAAAUGUUGUAAAUAAUACUGAAGUAGCUGAAGUUAAACAAACUCCAACGCCUUCACAAGCAAAACCUUCAAUGACUCCUGAACCUAUGGAAGUACAAACUCCUGUUCAAAAGUCAACUCCUAAACCGACUCCAACAUUUAAACCAGAACCUACUCCUCAAAUAAAUCAUAAAACUCCUGCGUUUCCUUACUGA